AUGCCUCUUCAUCAGUAUGACUACAUUUUCGCCAUUGGCACCAUCUUCGCAUUCCUUGAUGCGUGGAACAUUGGUGCCAAUGAUGUUGCCAAUUCAUGGGCAACCUCGGUCUCGUCACGAUCUAUUUCUUACAUUCAAGCUAUGACCCUCGGAUCCAUCCUCGAGUUCGCCGGCUCGGUUGGUGUCGGCGCCCGUGUCGCAGACACCAUUCGAACGAAGAUUGUGGAUAUCGACCUAUUCGAGAACGACCCGGCUCUCCUCAUGCUUGGAAUGACCUGUGCGAUUGUGGCUUCCUCGAUUUACCUUACCUUUUGCACCAAGAUCGGUCUCCCGGUAUCAACUACUCACUCCAUCAUGGGAGGCGUCAUUGGCAUGGGUAUCGCACUUAUUGGUGCCGACAACAUUCAUUGGGUCUCCCCUAGCGGCGGCAUCGACUCUGGCGUAGUUUCAGUCUUCCUUGCAUGGAUCAUCGCUCCUGGUAUCUCGGGUGCAUUCGCAGCCAUCAUCUUCACCAUUACCAAAUACGGCGUCAUGUUGCGGAAGAACCCAGUCAUGAAGGGACUGGCUCUCGUUCCUGUGUACUUUGGUAUUACCGCUUCCCUCUUGACCAUGCUGAUUGUUUGGAAGGGUGGGUCUAUCAAAGUUACUUUCAACGAUGCCGAAACUGCCGGAAUGAUCAUCGGUGUUGGUGCCGCCUGGGCUCUCCUCAUCACAAUAUUCUUUCUCCCCUGGCUCUAUCGUGUGGUAGUCAAGGACGAUUGGCAACUGCGUUGGUAUCACAUUGCCCUGGGCCCGCUUCUGCUCCGCCGUCCCGAGCCACCUGUUCAGCCCGAAGGCUACGGCGGUGGAAUCCGCGACUUCUAUGCCGGGCACAUGACCAAAGAGGAGCUAGAGGUUGCUCGCAGCGGUGGUGUUGUUCGAAGCCCUAGCAACGACAUCGAGACUGGCUCUGCUGAUGGCGAGAAGAAGGUCGUCCAAGGAUCCACCGACUCCCCUGCGACCAAUAUUCCCCGUAAGGACUACGUCCACAAGCCCAUCGUUGGCCCCCGUCCCGAAGGUCCCUGGCACAACGGCGACGUUCUUUUCUGGAUGGUAAAGAAAGUCUUCCUGUCUGGUGUCGAUCAGGACAUUAUCAACAUGCAAAAGAAGGAGAGUGUGCUCACUGGCGAUUUGGAGGAGAUGCACGCCCGUGUCCAACACUACGACAACAAGGCUGAAUUCCUGUACUCGUUCAUGCAAGUCAUGACUGCAUGCACCGCCUCGUUCACGCACGGCGCCAACGACGUUGCCAAUGCCAUUGGACCCUACGCUACCAUCUUUCAAAUUUGGAACACUGGCGUUCUCUCUGGCAGCAAAUCUGAGGUUCCAAUCUGGAUUCUCUGCUUCGGCGGUGCUGGUAUCGCUCUUGGUAUCUGGACGUACGGAUACAACAUUAUGCGCAACCUCGGCAACCGCUUGACCCUUCACUCUCCCGCCCGUGGUUUCUCCAUGGAGUUGGGUGCUGCUUGCACAAUUAUCUUGGCUACACGUCUCAAACUUCCUGUAUCUACUACACAGUGCAUCACUGGUGCGACCGUAGGUGUCGGCCUUUGCUCCGGCACUUGGCGAUCAAUCAACUGGCGUAUGGUUGGCUGGAUCUACAUGGGUUGGAUUAUCACGCUGCCUACCGCUGGUAUCAUCUCUGGAUGUCUCGCAGGCGUCAUCAUCAACGCUCCCCGCUGGGAGAUUGCGAAGGAGAUAGACUAUGCCAAGCUCACUGCACUUUCUGGUGAUGAGCAGAUAUUCUUAGUCUCGCUGCAAGGACUGGUCAACAGACGGCAACCACGACUGUACCUUUAUUGGUCGCAGGAUUCUGCCUUUCCGGAUGACGAGGUCAACGAGGCCUGGCUGCGGCACCUUGAGACUGAAGGAUAUCGUAGCGCCGAUACGACGAGCAGUCCUCUACAACUGAUUGAUAAGUACAAGUCUGAGAUUCGGGGUGCCAUUAUCUACGACACGAAAUUGCCAGACACGAUUAAUCUGGCUUCAACACUUGCCGGUCUUCAUGGCGCUGUCCUGGCGACUGAAGAACUGGCCCGACGCUUCAACAUCUCCAUCACGGAAGACUUGCGAGGCCGGUUCAAGAACAAAUUCGAGCUUUACGAUCAUGCAGCCCGGGAGGUGUGGCCCAAGGUUACUGACCGCAUCAUCACGGCUAUCAAGCCACUUUCGACCCUAUUGUAUGCCAAUAGGACCUGGACCACACUUUUAAAGGCGAACUCGUCCGUCACAGACUCUUCGAACAACGGCACAUACACUGCAGAUUUGUCGUCAUUUAUUAAUGGCAACGGGACGGUCUAUGUCAAUAUCACAGACGCUUUCCCUGCAGACGGCUAUGGUCCUUCUGUCUACCGCGUCAAGGUGACUGGCGACGGAAACAAAACCAUAGCAGACUUCACUCCCGGUGAAGAAGAAGAAGACUCCUUCCUGUUCGAUGACGGCGGCUCGCACCUGGCAGACUACCCAGGAGGCUGGCGCUUCGCAGACGGCGCAUCCGCAAUGAUUUACAAAUUUGACGUUCCACCUCAGACAACUCAACUAACCCUCACUCUGUCCAUGUGGAAUCAGUUUCUCGUUUCGGCAACGUCGGCGCGACCGGGCUACUACAAGGUCAACUCCAUCUUCCGCGACUACAUCGUCAGCACGGCGGCUCCCUGCAUGUGGUUGGACAGUAAUAGACCGCGUGAAGCCGCGCUGCUCGACAAACUCCUUCGCCAAUUCCAGCCCAAUGCGGCCUACCUCGGCUGGUUUCCAAACGGCGAUGAGAUGACCGGUGUCACGCAACUCGCAAGGAACGGCUUAUACGUCGCCGCCACGGACUUCUACUUCAACCCCACCAUCUUCAGUGGAUUCAACACCAAAAGCCAAUCUCGGCAGUCUACGAUGGGGGGACCACCAUGGCAACCUCCUCCGCCCCCUCCGAAAAAGACCCCUAAAGUCUUUCUGUCUCUCGUCUACCUCGAAGGCGACAACAUACAGUACGACCAGCGGAGCAUGUUUCAGCACUGGAACGACUCCGCGAGGGGAUCAGUCCCGCUUGGCUGGACUAUUAGCCCAUUGCUUCGUGAUAUCGGCCCGGGCAUCUUGUCGUAUUAUCAAAGGACAUCCACGGAGAAUGACCUGCUGAUUGCCGGGCCCGACGGCGCAGGGUAUACGUAUCCGGGUGUCUGGCCAAGACGGGCUCUCUCCACAUUCUUGACUCAGAGCGGCGAGUAUAUGCGAGCGACACAGACAGACGAGGUCUUGUUCGUGUACGACCGCAUCAACGCCACUGAUAACCCGCUCACACCUGGGCUAACUCUCGACUUUCGCAAUGCCGUGGGGAGAAAGAAUUUGCGGGGCAUCUACUACGGGUCAUUUGUUUCGACGGUAGAUGCGCUGCAGGUGAAUGUUACAGAAGGCUUCCCGGUGACAAACAUGGUGAGUAUCGGGAACGAGGAGAGCGGUGCGGCGACGCUGCGGAAUAUUUCGGAGAAUUGGAGGGGUCGUGGGCCUCUUUUUGUGGCUGGCGCUGUGAGCGCUUUUGAUAUGACACCGACCAGUGUUGCUAGUAUGGUUAAGAAGUUGGGGGAUGACUUUGAAGUUGUGAGGCCUGAUAUGUGGUUUCAGCUGUUGAGGAGGCGGGAGAGCUGGCCCGGUCUUGGGUAG